AACAGCUAACCCCAUCGGAAAAGUUGGAUGAUGUGUUGGCUGCCCCCUUUCACGUUUGACGACGGUGCAACUCCUGAAACAUCGCACUGUACCCCUUACCUGCUGUUGCUCGACUUCCCAUCGCCAAUCAUUCCUUUUGUCGUGUUUAUAACAGCGAUUGCCAAGGGGCAUGCUUUUUAAAUACCGUUUUGGUGAUCGCGUCGCGUAUUGUCGCGCCGGCUACUGGGUGUCGGUAGGCUCGCCAGAACCGAUAAGGCGUGUGCGAUGGCAGCCUCCCGUUUUUCCGUUGCUGCUCCCUUCAAAGCAAUCAACGAGUGCACUCCCGCGAUAAACACAUUCUGCUCCGUGCGGUCUUUUCACGCCAACAGCGACUGCUAUGGACCUGCCGUCGCCACGCUACACUGCAAAAGGCUUGUACGGUACGAGGGUCCGCAUUCAACCUUGCGAUGUUUGUAAAGAAUGGAAUGUGUACGAACAUGUACCCGAAGAGCCUGCACCGCAAGCGAGACGCCGGCACCCGACGUCAGGGCCUCGAAGGAGUCAACACCGCCGGAACUUGUCAAAGCCCCGAAAGAGUCCCCGCCGGGACUCAACGUCGGAAAUGAGGCCGCCCGAGCCCAAGCCCCACGGGGCUGCGACCGAGGAGGAUGCCAGGAAGCACCAAAUUCCGACGGAUAUUCGUUAACCCAUUGGGAUCCUACGGAGCAGCCCAUCCUGCUGCUCGGGAGCGUCUUCGACGCUAACUCGCUGGGCAAGUGGAUUUAUGAUUGGACCAUUUACAAGCACGGAAUGGGUCACCCCAUUUCGCAGAUGGCCGGAGAUCUUUGGCUCCUCCUCAUUGAGAUUUCGGGCAAGGUCAAGCGCGCCGACGACAUUAUCCCGUCCAUCUGCCAGAAGGAUGUCUGUAAAAUGGUUGAGGGCUUUAUCGACUCGGGCAACUGCCUAACCGUCAAACUCCGCAAGCUGCUCAAGCGCUGCGAGGCCCCCAUGCUUCAGGCUUCCAAGCGCAGGGGCUCCAAGCUCGGCAGCAACGCCGGCGUCGAGUUCGUCCUGACCCUUUUUGGUCGAGAGCGCGAGCUCGAAGCGACUGAGAAGUUUAUGGCGUCGGUCCGCCUCUGGAACAACAG